AUGACAUCGAGGACGUUCAACAGCACGUGGGCGGCCGAUGUGAUCUCGCAGGAGGAGAUAGCGGCGCUGUACCGGGAGUUCUUCUCGCAGGAGGAGAUAGCGGCGCUGUACCGGCGGUUCUGUGCUUUGGACCGCAACGGCAAGGGGUACGUGAGCGGGGACGAGUUCCUCUCCAUCCCCGAAUUCGCCAUCAACCCCCUCGCGCAUCGGCUACUGGGCAUGCUAGAGGGAGUGAACUUCAAAGACUUUGUCAAGUGGCUCGCUGCCUUCAGCUCCCGCGCCACUGCUGAGGACCGCACCCGCUUGACGUUCGCCGUGUACGACGUGGAUGGCGACGGCAAGAUAUCCAAGGGGGACGUCCUCAUCCACACGGCAACACUUCCCCUUCUCGCACCUUCCUUCCCCUUCCCCCUCUCCCCCCCCCCAGUGGUGUUUGCCGUGUACGACUGGUGUUUGCCGUUGGUGUUUGCCGUGUACGACGUGGAUGGCGACGGCAAGAUAUCCAAGGGCGAUGUGCUCGCCAUGCUGCGGGACCUGUCCGGGAGCUUUCUCUCAGAGGAGCAACGACAGGUGGGUUGUGGGAGAAGUGGGUUGUGGGAGAGGUGGUUGUGGGAGAGGUGGGUUGUGGGAGAGGUGGGUUGUGGGAGAGGUGGGUUGUGGGAGAGGCGGGUUUGUGAGAGGCGGGUUGUGGGAGAGGCGGGUUGUGGGAGAGGCGGGUUGUGGGAGAGGUGGGUUGUGGGAGAGGUGGGUUGUGGGAGAGGUGGGUUGUGGGAGAGGCGGGUUGUGGGAGAGGCGGGUUGUGGGAGAGGCGGGUUGUGGGAGAGGCGGGUUGUGGGAGAGGUGGGUUGUGGGAGAGGCGGGUUGUGGGAGAGGUGGGUUGUGGGAGAGGUGGGUUGUGGGAGAGGUGGGUUGUGGGAGAGGUGGGUUGUGGUAGAGGCGGGGCAGGCGGGGCUUCGAGUGGGAGAGGCGGGGCUUCGAGUGGGAGAGGCGGGGCUUCGAGUGGGAUAUCUAAAGGGGACCUCCUCGCCAUGA